AUUUCUUUGAUCCUUAACACGAGCCGCGUGCUCAGUCUUCAACCAUUCGUUCCACAACAUCCACCACUCUUUUUUAACUGCAGCAUCCUUGAUUAUCGCAAACGCCAAUCGAGGAAGCCAUUUUCUUUUUAGAUACCCAGCCGUGCUAUUGGGUAAAGCCACCAACAUGGCUACCCCUCGAGUCAAACCCGAGCCCGGUAUCAAGCCUGAGCUAGGCAUCAAACCUGAACCUGAUGUCGGCCCAUCUCCCGCUGCGAUGUCCGAGGACGACAUCUACGAGGACGCUGGCGACUUAGAAUUCUACGAUCCAAACGAUGUCAACGAUAACGCCGUUUACCUCACUCACGUUCCCAAGUAUCUCUACGAUGCCUGGGAGAGCAUGGAUGAUGAUGCCGAGAUUAGAAUCGGGACUUUGCGCCAGUGGACUGAAAGCGGUCCGAAGGGCGAAACGAAGCCGCGUAUCGCAAUCCUGUUGGACCACAAGCUCGCUCCCCAUCAGCAGAUUCCCAAGGAGUACAACCUCGAAGUCAAGGAUAUGAACCUGACGAACACCUUCCUGUUCACCGAGCAAGAUCUCCCCGGGUAUAAGACAAAGGCACAAGGAGCCAAUAGCGAUAUCCCCUCAUACCUGCGCCCGAAGCCCGAGCGUCCCCAGAACACGCAGGAGGGCGAGAACAACAAUAACAACAAGCGUGGUCGCAAGCGAUACCAGCCCUACUACCGAAAGGCCAUUCCCAAGAAAACUAUUCUUGCCGGUCGCUUCCGCCACGAGCUGAAUUGCCAACCUGCUUGGACGCCUGAGACUAAGCAUUGGUUGAGCAUCAGGAACAACGAUGCCAUGAAACCCAGGACGACCACCACCCUCACAUCCGCUUCCCGACCAACUGGUGUCAUCCAGGCCGGCUCUCACUCGACCAGCGACAGGUUCAGCAACUUUGUGCGAACCGCCCCCGAGGUCAAGAAGGGAGCCAAGAAGCAGAAGGAAGAGAAGGCAGCUCGACUACCGAAGGGCGAACUACGCGAUUUGAUCUUCCAGUGCUUCGAGGAGUACAACUACUGGUCCUUACGAGCAUUCCGAGCGCGACUACGACAACCCGAAGCUUGGCUGCGAGAGAACCUCGAAGAAGUCGCAAUCCUACACAAGACCGGACCGUUUGCCAACCAAUGGGAGCUUAACCAGGAUCACAAGGCGGCUCUUAAUAUGCUUCGAGCUGACGGUGUCGCACCUGAUGCUGCUCCUGAAGGAGAUGAUUCGGAAUCCGACGCAGAGAUGGAGGACGUUAUUCCGGCUUAGUUUGCGAGGGACUUGUCCGCUGUAGAGAGCUGGAUUUGAGGUUUCAGGACACGGAAAAGGAGUUACGGUAUCUUUUAAGGAUUAUAUCAUAUUCGCGCGCGCGGAAACCCCAUUGUAACAUAAAUGAUACCCUCGGCCUCAAAUAGCCAGGACUGAGGUUUAGUAGCCAUUGUCUGGACGAAUCCAGGCUAGCAUGGCUUUCUUUCGCGCGAUAAAGGCUCUUCGAAGCAAAAUGCUAUUAUAGGCUGCGAGGAAUGUAGCUCAAGCGGUGGCGCUACAUCCCAAAGGAUUUUCUGCUUCGAGAUCUCGGUGAACAUACAGGAAGGUCUUGAGCAAAUUACAUAAUAUUGAAAUAGAGACUUCUCUAACAAAAAAA